CAGGAAGGCCUCCUUCUGGAAUACGGCCCCCAUCAGGAAAUAUUCGAGUGGCAACUGGAUACGCGGGCCUCCCACUGUUGUGGCCUCUCCCGUUGCGGAGCACAGGCUCCGGACGCACAGGCUCAGCGGCCAUGGCUCACAGGCGCAGCCGCUCCGCGGCAUGUGGGAUCCUCCCGGACCGGGGCACGAACCCCUGUUCCCUGCAUUGGCAGGCAGACUGUCAACCACUGCGCCGCCAGGGGAAGCCCUGUGCAGUUUUAAUUUAUGCUUUCUUCUCUAUACUUUAAUCUGAUGCCACCUGGAACAGCAAGACUGGGCUCUCGUGGUGGUCCCAUAGGGACAGUAGGAGUUCUGUCCUCUCAAAUCAGAGUUGCUGAUCGUCCUGUGACACAACAAGGUUUGAGUGGAAUGAAAACUGGGAUGAAAGGUCCCCAGAGGCAAAUUUUAGACAAAUCUUAUUAUCUUGGGCUUCUUCGAAGUAAAAUAAGUGAACUUACAACAGAAAUCAAUAAACUUCAGAAAGAAAUAGAAAUGUACAAUCAAGAGAAUUCAGUAUAUUUGUCAUAUGAAAAGAGAGCUGAGACUUUAGCUGUUGAAAUCAAAGAGUUUCAAGGACAACUAGCAGACUACAACAUGUUGGUAGAUAAACUUAAUACCAAUACUGAAAUGGAAGAAGUAAUGAAUGAUUACAACAUGCUUAAAGCUCAAAAUGAUCGAGAAACACAAAGUAUGGAUAUUAUAUUUACUGAAAGACAAGCGAAGGAAAAACAAAUUAGAAGUGUAGAAGAAGAAACUGAACAGGAAAAACAAGCAGCAGAGGGCAUUAUCAAAAAUAUGCCUCCAGAAAAACAAGUCAAGUAUAUAGAAAUGAAAACCAUGAAUGAGAAAUUGUUGCAGGAAUUAGAUACACUUCAGCAACAACUAGAUUCACUGAACAUGAAAAAAGAGAGCUUGGAAUCUGAAAUAGCACACUCCCAGGUAAAACAGGAGGCUGUAUUGUUGCAUGAAAAACUUUAUGAGUUGGAGUCCCAUCGAGAUCAAAUGAUUGCGGAAGACAAAAGCAUGGGAUCCCCAAUGGAAGAGAGAGAGAGAUUACUUAAGCAGGUUAAAGAAGAUAAUCAGGAAAUAGCCAGCAUGGAGCGACAGUUAACAGAUAUAAAAGAAAAAAUAAAUCAGCUUAAUGAAGAAAUUAGACAACUUGACAUGGAUUUAGAAGAACACCAAGGUGAAAUGAAUCAGAAGUACAAGGAGCUAAAAAAAAGGGAAGAAAAUAUGGACACCUUUAUUGAGACUUUUGAGGAAACUAAGAACCAGGAACUGGAAAGGAAGGCACAGAUAGAAGCCAACAUUGUUGCACUCUUGGAGCACUGUAGUCGAAAUAUAAAUCGUAUGAAACAGAUAUCCUCUAUCACCAAUCAAGAGCUGAAGAUGAUGCAGGAUGAUCUCAAUUUUAAAUCUACUGAAAUGCAGAAAUCACAAAGUACGGCUAGGAAUCUGACUUCAGAUAGUCAGCGUCUACAGUUGGAUCUACAAAAAAUGGAGCUACUGGAAAGUAAAAUGACUGAGGAACAACAGUCUCUAAAAAGCAAAAUUAAGCAAAUGAUAACUGAUCUGGAAACAUAUAAUGAUUUGCCAGCUUUAAAAUCAUCAGGUGAAGAAAAGAAAAAGAAAUUGCAUCAGGAGAGAACAGUAUUAUCAACCCGCAGAAAUGCCUUUAAAAAACUAAUUCAGAAACUAAACACAGAAUAUGAGACACUAAAAACACAAUUGCAAGAAAACGAGACACAUUCUCAGCUUACAAAUUUGGAGAGGAAGUGGCAACACCAUGAGCAAAAUAAUUUUGUGAUGAAAGAAUUCAUAGCAACCAAGAGUCAAGAGAGUGAUUACCGGCCAAUUAUGAAGAAUGUGACCAAGCAGAUUGCAGAGUAUAAUAAAACCAUCAUGGAUGCUCUACAUAGCAUGAGCAGAAACUGAGUCUGAACCAACUACAAGUCUCUAUAGAAAUAUCCUUUUGCUGCUAAACUUCAUACAUGCCGGCUGAAAAAUAAUAGCUUACCCUUGAAGAGUUUUACCUAAAAUUUUUGAAUGUUACAAUUUUUGUGGCCUCUUUGAAGUGUGAAAUUUUAAAUAGUAUAAUAGUUAAAUAAAUAGUUUACUUAUAAAAAA